CUUUUUUGGGUCCAGUUCCGAUAAGAACUACUGCCCUUGGCUAGCUUCAACUAGCAGCAAACUAUAAUAACUUCCUCGGAUCGUCCUGUCAUCCACGCUGCUCUCUCUCUCUCUCCACUAUGGGUCGUCCAUACUUGCUCAACUGGUCUUUGUCUGGCAGUUAGAUAGACAUCAUGUAUUAUCUCAUUGUAGCUGCUUCGCUACUUGUUAUCCCAGUCUACGCUAGGGAUAUCGUCUUCCCUCCUGGCGCAGCCAUCCAUAAUCCCUCCCAUCAGUAUCCACUCGCUCACGAAGACCCCAUUGACAUCGUCACUGGUAGCCAAUUCUCCGGUCUGACUACUUUCGCCAAUCUGCCCUACCUCAAUUGCUUCGUGGAUGAUGAAUCAACCACCAAUAACUAUGACAUUGCUUUCCUCGGCGCUCCCUUCGACACUGGCGUCACAGCUCGCCCCGGAGCUCGAUUCGGUCCCAAAGGUAUUCGACUCGGCUCUCGUCGUCUCGGCGGGUGGAGCAUCUACACAGGAGAAAAUGCCUUUGCCAGCUGGGCGAAGCUUGUUGACUGCGGCGACGCCCCAUUGACCUGGUUGGAUAAUACCGUGGCGUUGAAGCAGCUUGAUAUGGCACAUAAGGUCGUCUCGUCUCGUCGCGCCAAUUCCACGCAUCUGAGCCAAAUCCCCCGUAUCAUUACCCUAGGUGGAGACCAUACUACGACCUUGUCGGCGCUGCGGUCGACGUAUGAGAAUUGGGGUCCUGUUUCCGUGAUUCAUUUUGAUAGCCAUAUCGAUACAUGGGACCCCAAAGUGCUCGGCGGUGGAGUCUCCCACUAUGCCGGCGUCAACCACGGCACGUUCCUCCACCUCGCCCACGAAGAGGGCCUAAUCCGCAACACCUCCAUCCACGUCGGAAUCCGCGCCCCCGUAGUCCGACCCAAAGGCGACAUCCGCAACGACCUCCGCUGCGGCUUCGAAAUCAUCACCGCCCGUGACCUCGACCGACUCGGAGUCUCCGGCCUCGUAGAACAAAUCAAAUCCCGCGUUGGGGACAGCCGAGUCUAUAUCUCCGUUGAUAUUGAUGUGCUGGAUCCGGCUUAUGCACCUGCAACCGGCACUGCGGAACCAGGUGGAUUCACUACGCGCGAACUCCUGACUAUUCUUGACGCGCUGCGAGGGAUGCCUGUUAUCGGCGCGGACGUGGUAGAAGUAGCUCCGAUAUAUGAUACAGCCGGGGAGACGACCACGCUUGCGGCGGCAGAGGUGGCUAACUCAUUGUUGGCGUUGAUGGUUGCGAGGCCGGUUGGGGGUGAUGAGUAACCUCUUGUGUUU